AGAAGUUUUUAGGCCACUCUAGACAAAGCAGUGAAACUUUUAAAAGAAAGCCGAAUUCUGCAACUGAUGGGAAGUAUCAUAAUAUUGAUGAGAAAGUUUUUAUGUUUUGUACCUGGUGUAAGAAGGCAGGUUAUAACAAUCAAUUUGCUAAAGGAUGUAAUACUUACAAGAAGGAUUUAAUCGAUAGGCAUCAAAUUAAUAUUGACAAAGAAAAGAUAAUUAAUCAAAUGAAAUGUGUAUAUUUUGCAGCUAAAAACAAUCUUUCAUUAAACCUUUAUCCUGAUUUAUGUAAUUUAGUAUUAAACUCAAAUAAAAACACUUCACUAAUACAACCUCAUCUUCUCCAAUUUCCUUCUCUUUCUUCUUUACAACUAUCUGUAGAUAUUCCUCCAUAUAGAUCAUAUUAUACUUCAAAAUAUACACGAAAAUUUAAAAAGGCUAUUUUUCAU